AGGGUCUUUGCGGAGUGGAGUAAGCAAUACAUCGGUGGAACAACGUUCUGGUCGGCGUUCACGUUCAGGAACGGUGCAGAGACCGCCGAUGCUGCCGUCUUUCGAAAUUUGUCCCGCUUCGCCUGGGUUAUGCAUCUCGCCUUGGACGACGUCACGUUUCCAUCUAUCGUCACGUUUGGCGCCCUCGUCUCUGCUCUGCCGGGCCUCAAAGAGCUCCAACUCUGCGAUGUCAAGUUCGCCGAAUCCUCCUUUCUGUUCGACUCUCGCACGCUUUCCAGAUUCCGCCUCCUGCCACAAGCCAAGAACCUGAAGGAAAUCCGUUUGGGUGCUAUUGUAACUGACCGCCGCUUCAGGCCUGCGUUCACUCUCACUGCAUGGUCGUGCUAUACGGAGCUCCUUGAUUUUAUGGCUGCCGUGAGCAGGCCCUGUAACAGCUCCCCUUGCGUAUAUCCGUGGGGCUCGGUCGGCCGCUUGCAGCUCGAAGAAUCCAUCUGGUGGAGAUUCUCUUUCUUCUCCAUUGCUCGGCUCUUGCGUGCGCUCCCAUCACUUGCGUCCCUCACGUUAAGAUGCGCGGAAGACAGGCUAAAACCAGUCGACAUCGUCGUGGAAUGCGGGACUUCUCAGUCUCAGCAUGUUGCCGAUAUUAAUCACAAAGAUCCACGCCGCUAUAUAUUCUUUUCACGAGAGACUGAUACGGUGGUCACCGCUACGAAUGAAUUGGUCAAGCAUGCGGCACCAUCACUCGAGCAUCUUCAUCUUUGCUUGAGGUUCCGCACAGCUGAUCUUCUGGGACACUAUCCGUACCUCAGAUAUCCUAAAGACCGAUGUGAGCAUCCUACUGUGAACUUGCGGUGUCAAGUAUUUCGCAUACAGCUAGACACCCCAUCCGGUCGCGAAUCAAGUACAAACCUCGGAUUAAUAUCUUCAAUCCCUGAUCCCAAGGUGUUCUGGAUCGGUGCGUGCAAGAUGCUGUCUCACGUCACAUCGACAUGCAUCUCUUCUGUCGACAUCUGUAUCCAUUGGUUCUCAUGGAUCGAUCGAGGAGAGUUGAGCGACAUCCUUUGUCAAUUGGAUACCGUGCUUUCAUCUCCUGUUUUUGACAACCUCGUGCACGUACGCAUACGUGUGGAACUCGACGAGCCGUAUGUACAUCAGAAAAAGAUGAAAGAGUGGGCGUAUUCUAUGAAGGCUUGCUUGCCUGAUCUCGAUAAACGAGAAAUUAUAGGGAUUGAAGUAUUUGCAGACCUCCCGAUGCCCGAUGUCAGGGUCGGAUUAAUUUGGGAUUGUGACAUCAAAGACUGGAGACGUUGCGUGAGAAAGGAAGCCAAAAGACGAAAUGUAGAAAUCGCCGAAGUUCCUGCUUUCGAGGGUGGAGCACCUUCUGGAGCAAUAGCGGCGCACACGGGGCGGGAGCGAUCGUCUCAGCUCGAGGAUGACCAACAAAUGAUCCUAGAGUGA